AUGGUGAUGGUUGUGGUAGUGCUAUUAGUGGUGAUAGUGGUUGUGUUGGUUCUCAGUAAUGUUAAAUCGGGACGAAGAUGUUUAAAGAUAAUAUUUUUUGCAAUGCUUGCUAUAAAUGCAUCAAAAGAAAAGAACGAUUACAAAAAAGGAAAAAAAAGAACUGUCGCAAUAAAUGACAUUGAUGAAAAUAUUGAAAACAAAAAAAAACGAAAAAAGACGGUAAAGAAAGGAAAUUUAAAAGGGGGAAAAAAAUUUGAUCAUUUUUGCAAUCAACACUGGACCAAGAAAAAAAAAGAGAAUGGAAGAGUAAAGGACACAAAAGGAGUGAGAGGAAGCCAAAGAGCCAACAAACUUUCUUUAUUGUGCACAGUAAAUUACUCAAUGAAAGAGAAGAAGAAAUUUAAUGCGAACUUAAGGUGGAUAAUGAUACUGUAUGAAAGCGGACAAAAUUUAUCGAAAAUUUAUCGAAGGGACAAAAUUUAUCGAAGAGGGAUACGGAUACCGGGAGAUAAGGAUACUGUAUUUGGACCACAAAAUUAUUUUUGUAAUAAACUUAAUUUCAUUGCUAAAAAUUACAGUAAAAUUAAUGGGUGCAAUGCCGAUGCGAUUAAGCUGAAUAAGACAAAAAAAAAAAAUGCUUUAUACCAUAAAGAGUUGGUAUUGGAUUGGGAAAAAUCGGGAAAUAACUGA